AUGACUAUUUUUAUCGAACAUUUUAGAGAAUUAUUCAGUGGAAUAGAUUUACAAUCUGAAAGAGAUUAUUUAUCUGAUCCAUACCACAUAGUUAAUAAUGAUCACAAUCAAAAUCAAUACAUCCAUCAUCAUGCUCAUUCCAAUCCUCAUCCUAUUCGAUGUAUAUCUCAAAUGAAUUUUGAUAAUGAACAAAAUAAUGAAAUAAUCACCGAUCAUCCAAAAAUGAAUCGAUUAAUGAUUGUUAAUGAAUUAGAUAUGAUAAAACAAACAAAUAAUAAUAAUAAUAAAUAUUCAUUUAAUAUUCCAUCUAGUGGAUAUUGUUAUGGUCAACAAUCUUCAAUAAAUCCUUAUAUACAAGAAAAUGUUAAUAAUUAUCUUCAUUUUCAUGAAUUCACUUCAUCUUAUUUAAAUAAUAUUAAUAAUAAUAAUAAUAAUAAUGAUAAUAAGAAUAAUAUCAAUGAAAUGAUAAAUGUAAUGAAUAAACAACAUUCUAAUUUAAAUUAUCCACCUAUCUAUUCAAUGUCCAAUACUUAUGAUAAGCCACAUUUAAUACAAGAUAUUCCAUCAUUAAAUCAAUAUGAGAAAAAUAUUUUAAAUCUUACAACACAAUCAUUAACGAACAACCUUAGUUAUUCUUGUUCUUCUUGUCCUUGUUCUUGUUCUUGUUCUUUUUCUUCUUUAUAUACUUUAAAUCCAGAUAAAUUAAUAACCACCACCACCACCACCGCCAACACAACAACAGCACCGUCAACCUUUUCAAGAUUAAACUUUGAAAAUACCAUUGAAAAUAAUGUAAAUAUUAUUGAUUUAAAUAAACAAAUCAAUCCUUGGAUAAAUUAUUCCAUGUAUAAUAAUCAACUAAUUCCUAAUAUUAUAACUUCACAUUCAACACAGAAUAGUAUUAUGAAUACAAAUCCUAAUAAUAAUAAUGAUAAUAAUACAACAGUAUGGUCUCCAAAUGAAGAUCAUCAAAUUAUGUUAGAAUUAUAUAAUACACAAAAUGAUUUAAUGAAUAAUAAUAGCGGUAAUAAUAAUAAUAAUAAUAAUAAUAAUGAUAGUUCAUAUGAAGAAAGUUUAAGUGAUGAUAAUGAACAAAAUGAAAAUAUACAUCAAAAUAAUAUUUUUUAUUUUAAUAUAAAUAAUCAAUAUCCAUUCAAUCAAUUUCAUAAUAAUAUUGAUAAUCAAUCAAUCAAAUCGAUUCCAUUAAAAAAAUCAUCUACAUUUAUUUCAAAUCAUUUAAAAUCAAUAAAUUCAAUGAAAUCAAUACAUUCGAAUGAAAUCAAUCUAUUAAAUUAUGAUCAAAUUAAAAAUUCAAUUAUUAAUCCAUCACAAUUACCAAUUCAUUUACAUCAUUCAUUUAUUAAUAAACAAUAUUUAAAUCAUAAUAAUAAUGAUAAUAAUAGUAAUGAUAAUAUAUUACAUAAUCAAUUAACUAACAACAACAAUGAUAUUAAUAAUUCAAUAUCUACAACUGAUCAAACACUAAAUCGUUGGUUACAUAAUAAUCCCUUAACAACUACUACUAAUCAAUUCAAUGAUAAUGUAGAUAAUUGUUGUAUACCUGUAUUAUCAUGUCCAAGAAGUAUAUAA